AUGCAGCUCAUCCAGUUCGUCACCAUCCUCGCCCUCGCCCUCCCCGUCCUGGGCGGCGAGAGCCCGGCCGCCGCCGUCGAGCGCCGCUUCGUCGGCAGCCCCGCCGGCGUGGUGGCCGCCCUGCACGUCCGCGGCCUGCUGGACGACCUCAAGAAGACGGGCAAGGGCAUCAAGGACGCGGGCAAGCACGUUGGCGACGGCCUCGGCAAGGCAGCCAAGGGCCUCGCCGGCGACGCCAAGGACACGGCCAAGAGGAUGGGCUACAGCGCCAAGGAUGCCGGAAAGGCGAUCGGCGACCUCGGCAAGAAAAUCACACAGCGCUCGCUUCUGGACGAGCUGAAGGACGACGCGGGCGAGGCCGUGGCCGGCGGCGCCAAACACGCGACCGAGAAGGUCGGCCAAGAGGCCAAGGACGCGGGAAAGGCCAUCAAGGACCUGGGCAGAAAGAUGGCGCGACGCUUGCUCGCCGACGAGCUGGACAAGGUCAGCAAGGAUCUCAAGGACGCGGGCAGGCAGGUCGGCGGGGACGUCCGGGAUGGCGCCAAGAGGCUCGGCGACAAGGCCAAGGACGCCGGCAAGGACCUCGCCGGUGACGUCAGGAAGGUCGCCAAGGAGAUGGGCGGCAGCCUCAAAGAUGCAGGGAGGGCCGUCGGCGAGUUUGGCAGGAAGCUCGGACAGUAA